AUGAUAAGUGACGAGCGGGCAAAAUGGAAGAUCACCGCGAGGCUGGAAAAGAAGAGCCUGUUGACAGCGGUCAACUGCCUCGCUGGUCUUGCAAUCUUCUUUUUCGGCUAUGACCAAGGAAUGAUGGCUGGAGUCAAUGACUCCAAAUCCUACGUUGAGCUGAUGGGCCUGGGCUAUGAGAAGAAUGGAUCAAUCCAUGUCACCAACACCCUCUUGCAGGGAGGCAUCGUCUCAGUCUACUACCUGGGAACUUUGGUUGGAUGCUUUAUGGGCGGCUAUGUCAGUGAUCGAUACGGCCGUAUCAAGUCCCUUGCAUUUGGUGCUGUCUGGGGUAUACUUGGAGCUGCACUCCAGUGCACAGCAAUGAACCCGACGUGGAUGAUCAUCUCUCGUCUCAUCAACGGUGUCGGGACGGGAAUUUUAAAUGUCACCGUUCCAGUGUAUGGCUCCGAACUUGCGGACUACGAGUCCCGUGGAAUGUUCAUCGCUAUGGAGUUCACUUUGAACAUCGUCGGCGUGGUGGUGGCUUACUGGUUAGGAUUUGGGCUUCGCUACAUCGACAACGGGACAUCCGAGUUCCAGUGGCGAUUCCCCAUUGCUUUCCAGAUUAUCAUGCUAUUGUUGCUAGUCACUGGCUGCUGGUUCUUCCCUGAAUCGCCUCGUUGGCUUUGCAUGGUGGGCCGUCGGGACGAGGCGACUUAUGUUCUCAAGCGACUUCGUGGUUCGGAGAACACAAGUGCGGCCAUGCAAGAAAUGAGAGAGAUUGAAGCUGUCGUCCGGCUUGAGGCUGAAUCGGAGGAGAAAAUGACCUACUUUCACAUGCUAUUCGGCAUUGGUCAGGGAGACUUGCACAUUGCGCGACGUGUCCAGCUAGUGAUAUGGCUGCAGAUUCUGCAAUGCUGGUCUGGAAUAGCUGGCGUGACGAUGUACGCACCAACUAUAUUUCAAAUUGCCGGAUUCGAUUCUCAAAAGACAAUGUGGAUCUCGGGUUUGAAUAAUAUUUUCUACGCAUUCGCAACCCUCAUUUGUGUCUUCACUAUUGAUCGGAUCGGUCGCCGGUGGACCCUAUGGUGGGGAGCAGCAGGACAAGCAAUUGCCAUGUUCCUCGGAGGUGGUCUGGCUCGUGGUGGAAUCAAUAACCCAGACAACCAAGGACCUUGGGGCAUUGGAGCAACAUCCAUGGUCUAUUUGUAUACAUUCGUCUUUGGUGCUACCUGGCUCACCGUUCCCUGGCUUUAUCCAGCAGAGAUCUUUCCCCUCAAAGUUCGAGCCAAGGGUAAUGCCUGGGGCGUUGUUGGCUGGAGUGUGGGAAAUGGAACAUUGACUUUAGUUCUUCCAUACGUCUUUGCAGCUAUCGGGGAAAAUACGCUACACGUGUUUGGUGCUGUAAAUCUCAUCAGCAUCCCUAUUGUAUGGGCGUUCUAUCCUGAAUCUAGUCAGCGGACACUUGAAGAGAUCGAUAUGCUUUUCGCUGCAAAGUCGCCAUUUGUCUGGGAAGCCGAAGCGAAAUUCAAGACCAUCAUGGCAGAAAAUCCAGACAUUGGCCGUGCUCAUCAGCGUCACUCCGUUUUAGAAGUCGAGAAGGGCUUACAUGAUAUCGAAUCUGAGCACGAAGAGACAGUUACUCGCAGUUAG